AUGGCACCAGACUCUACGUCCGGACCGUUUAUUCAUUUUUUUUUUUUCCUCUCUGUCUCUGUCUCUGUCUCUGUCUCUCUCUCUCUCUCUCUCUCUCUCUCUCUCUCUCUCUCUAACUCAUUUUUUCUCUAUAUAUAUUUAUCUAUUUAUCAUCUCCAUUUUCUCUUUUUCACCAUUUUCUUCUUUUUUUUCUGCCUCGCUUUCGUUCUCUCUUUCGCUCUUGAUUUCUUUCUUUCUUUGUCACUCUUUUUCUUUUUCCUUUUUUCAGUUACUCUUACCCCGCUCGCAUUUUCUCUCAUUCUUCCUUUCUCUCUUUCUUUCUUUUAUAUUUCAUUCAUUUUUUUCUUUCUCUCUCUUUCUCAUCGUCAUUCUCUCUUUUUCAUAUCUGUCUUUCUUUCUCUCUCUCUCUCUCUUUCUCGCUUUCUUUCUCUUUUUUAUUUCAUUUUCGAUUUCUUUCUCUUUCUCUCUUUCUUUUUCUCUUCCCCUUACCCUCUCUCUUUCUUUUUCUCUUCCCCUUACCCUCUCUCUUUCUUUUUCUCUUCCCCUUACCUUCUCUCUUUCUUUUUCUCUUCCCCUUACCCUCUCUUUCUUUUUCUCUUCCCCUUACCCUCUCUUUCUUUUUCUCUUCCCCUUACCCUCUCUCUUUCUUUUUCUCUUCCCCUUACCCUCUCUCUUUCUUUUUCUAUCAUUCUUUCACAUUUUCAACUCCCUUUGUUUGUUUAUUUAUUUAUUUCUCUAUUCGUUUGUCUUUAUCUUUGUCUUUCUCUAAUUCUUUCUCCCACUCAUUCUUUUUCUUUAUUUCUUUCUUUUUUCUUUUUCUUUUUCUCUUUCUUUGUCUCCCUCUUUUUUCUCUCUUUCGCUGUUUCACCCACUCUCUCUCUCUCUCUCUCUCUCUCUCUCUCUCAAUAUUGCAUUAUUUUUCAUUGUUUCUCUUUUUAUUUCUCUCUGUUUCCUUCUUCCUUUUCCUCUCUAUUUACUUCUCUCUCUUUCUUUUUUUCCUUUUUCUUUCAUUCUUUCUUUCUCUAUUUUCCUUUUUUUUCUAUCUGUCAACCAUAUUGUUUAUUUUCUGCUACAGAACAUUUUGUCGUUUCGGUAUUUAUAAUUGCAAUUUCUUAA